AUGCCUGGAAAGCGCAAGCAAGAGGACGUCGCGGGCAUCAGCUCAGUCGCUCCCUCACCUCCAAAGAGAACUAGACCCACCCCGUCAGCUUCAAAGAGACGUGCGACCGACGAGAUCCCUAGUGACUCGUCUGAGCCGUCACCCGCAAAGAGGGUCAAGCGCAACACUCACCCAGAGCCCAGGGCUACCUCAAGCUCAGUGCGCCGACCAGCCGCCGUAAGGCGUGGAGCAAAGAAGCCUACCAGCAGAGUGGUCUCGAAGUCUCGCCUCAUGCCCUGCCUUGAGCGUAAGUCUGCAAAGAUCGGCCAUAAAGAUGAGAGCCUUCUGCGCAUGCUCUGUGACGACACAGAGUCUGGUGGUCAGAAAGAGCUACACUUCCGCAACAUGCUCCACAGCAGCAUCGACUGGAGUGAUGCUAGUCACAUCAACAAGAUCAACAACUGGCGCAACCAAAUCUACGGUCGCGCUGGCUUGAAGUCCAAGGCAGUCAGCAUGUGGUUGCCCGACGAAGAGGUGUGGUUCGAGUUGUACUUCAACUUGUCCAUCGCCGAGUCGCGUAUCCGUGGCAUUCUUGUCCCCAAGACACUCCAGGUGCUUGCUGCCUUCAACAAGACCUUUGUCGGGAAGAUUCUCCAGGACAGCCAUGGUAAUGACGUUGGACCUCGCGCGGCACGCCAGUCCAAUGCCUUCGCAUCCAAGUUCAACCGCAUGUGCCCGCAUCUGAGGGCCCGCCUUCACCAGUGUGUCUUUGGCAAGUCUGGCGACACCUUCGUGCCUGAGAUCACCCUCGACAUGGUCCUGUCGUACAAGGACAUGAAGAUCAACAUGGAAUACAAGGGUAUUACCAAGGAGUCGAAGUACAACGAAGACCUCCAGGAGUGGCUGCAUCUGUUCUCCCACCUGCCGACCGUCAACGACUUCCCUGAAUCAUCUGUUGACAACCUUCCUGGCUUAUAUGUCGAGAACCUUCCUGACUCUUCCGCCGAGGACGAUGCUGCAGCUGUGCUCAUAAGCAUGGCAACCCAGUCCGCUAACAUUCAGCCAUCCUUCAACGGCCAAUCGUCUUUCAACAGCCAGCAGUCUUUCAACAGCGGAGGUUUCUACGGCAUGCAGUACACCACACCGCCUCAAGUCUUGUAUGGCACGGACUCAUCCCCUACUCCUGAGCUCUUCCGCACUUCGUUCGCGUCGUCGCAGAAGACUGACGGUCCUCUGACUCCUGCUCGCACCCUCUCGUUCUCCGACGACGACGACGACAGCAAGGUAGUCAGCCCAGGCUUCUGCGCCCCUCGCUCCGACACACCUGUCGCUGAGCUUGACAUCGCUUCGCUCAUCGCAUCGCCCGACUAG